CAACAACAACAACAACAACAACAACAACAACAACAACAACAACAACAACAACAACAACAACAACAACAACAACAACAGCGUGCCGACAUGGCGAUGAUGAUGCUGCUUGGACGUGACGAGCUGUCCAUGAUCCCGCGAUCGGCGCCAUCGUCGUCCUCUGUGUGUGAGAGCGCGGUGUCGACCGAUGCAGAGAGUGUUGGCUUCACCACCCGGAAUCGUGGCGGUGACAAUGGCGGUGACAAUGGCGGUGAUGGUGCUCGUGAUGAUGCGAAGCAGAACCACCCCACCACAGCCACCACAGGCAACCACAAUGAAAACACCCACACCCACACCAACACUGACACCAACACUCACACAAGCAGUAGCGGUAGAGCACAUGGCAAUGACGCCAGCACAGCUGCGAGUGCGAGCAGGGUGCUGCGGCUGUUGAAGACAUCAUCGGGUGUUGAAGCACCAGCGGCAACAGACUCCCUGCCCGUGCUCGGGGUCAACGGACACACGCGCCCAAACAGCCGCGAUGGUGACGAAGAUGAUGAUGGCGGUGAUGGUGAUGGCUUUGACGAUGGCACUGGUGUCGAUGCGCGCGACCGCCGCCGCACGUGGAGCCGUCAUCCAACGGCGCAGAAACACCGAUCCGAGGAACCAAAACCCGCGCAGGGGUGGGCGUCGCGCCGCGCUGCGAGUGAUCCGCAGAUGCUGGAGCGCUCCCCGAAGAAGAAAUUGAAGCGCAAGAAGACCGGAUGGGACCGCGUCAAGAGUUUGCGCAGUCUCAGCUCCUGUCUCGGUGUCCUCAUCUUCAAGGACAACCCCGUGAUCAGUUUCGUGUCGCGCCAACUGCACAAGUACCUCCUCAACGUCGAAGACGAAAUCGAGGAGGCGACGGGUACGACAAAACUUGGCGCAGUGCUGUUUGCAGACGCAUCAGGAUUCACUGCAAUGACACAGCGCCUCGCAAAGAAGCCGAACGGGGCCGAGGAGCUGAGCCGCAUCAUCAACAACUUCUUCUCGCGUCUCCUCAAGGUCGUCGAUGCGUUCGGCGGCGACGUCGUCAAGUUCUCUGGCGAUGCGCUGUCGAUCGUGUGGUUCGUGGACGAGGAGGAGAGUGCCCGCACAGAGGGUUACGUCGCCCCCUCGCUCGCCGUCGCAACAAUGCGCGCAUGCGCCUGCGCACACGAACUCCAUCAGAAGCUCGACCAGUACCUGGCGAUCAAGGCGACGGCAACCGAGCCAGGUGUGCGGUUGCGGCUGCACAUGGGCAUCGGCGCGGGCCGGCUCACGUCCGUCCACGUCGGUGGCAUCUUCAAGCGCUGGGAGUACAUCUUGGCUGGUCCGCCCAUGACUCAGAUUGCCAUUGCGGAACCGCUCGCAAAACCGGGCGAGACAGUCAUCUCUCCAGAGGCCGCAGAAAUUGCCGGAAAAAUCAUCCAGGGCAAGACGACGAUUGGCGCCCUCGCUGACCGCGGGGAGCGUGAGCCGCCAAAGGACCCUGCCCACCGCGCAUUUAUCCGCAUCGACGCCGUGCGCCACAUUGACAUUCCAAAGGACUACUCCUAUCGCCUCCCCGUCAACGAGCAAGUCAAUAGACUCAUGCGCAGGUACAUCCCGAAAGCGGUGCUGCAGUGUCUGGACGAGAACCAGCCGCCGCAGUCUGAGAUGCGCAAUGUGUCUGUCAUCUUCGUCAACAUCCACGGGCUGAAGCUCGAGGUGCCCGCUCCGUCCGGCGACGCCACUGCGCCGAGCCACGACCACCUCGUCAGCAAGGUGAUCAAGAAUUCUCAGACGCUGAUGCUUGAGAUCCAGCGAAAUGUGUACACGUGGGAAGGAAGCAUCAACAAGCUCAUGGUCGACGACAAGGGCCUGCUGGUGCUGUGUGCAAUGGGAUUGCCGCCCAUGCCGCACUUUGACGAUCCCGUGCGCGCGGUGGAGGCCGCCGUCGACCUCCGAGACAACAUUGCACUGCUGUCGGAGAAGGUUGGCGUGCCCAUCCACGCUACCAUCGGCGUUAGCACUGGCAGGGCGUUUUGCGGCGUCGUCGGCUCAAAGCUCAGGCGCGAAUACACGUUGAUGGGUGAUGUGGUGAACUUGGCUGCCCGCCUCAUGUGCACCACCCAAGAGUCUGCUGUUGUGGUUGAUCCCGUGACGCAUCGGCGGUGCGAAGAGAUUUUGCCCGAUCGCUUCGACUUCAAACCGAUUGAGGAGUUGAGACUCAAGGGCAUGGAGCAGCCCAUCACGGCGUACUUUGCAGACCGCUCGCACAAGGCGUCGGCACGCACGGAGGCCGUCGUGAGCGACAUCAGCGGGCGUGAGAACGAACGGGAGCGGCUGGGAGACAUGGUGCACCGUCUGAUUGAGCUCAAGGGCGGAACACUCGUGCUCACAGGGACGCGCGGGUCGGGCAAGUCGCAACUGGUCAAGGCGUUGCAGUCGCAGGGGAAGGAGCGCAAAGUGUCGGUGCUGCACGUGACAAAGGGGCAGCGCAGUGCCGGGAACAUCUUCAAACGGCCCGCACCCGAUGACGUGUUUGACGUCACGAAGGAUCUGCCUGUUGUUGUGUUUGGAGCGUGGCAUCCUGUGUUCACGACGCUGCUUGAGAUGGCCGGAGACACUGUCAUUCAGCGCAUCGAGUGGGCAGCCGCGACCGUCAAGAAGAAGAGGUUGGGCCAGUAUCUUGUGCUGUUGCGUCACGUGCUGCCGAAGGAGUACGCACAGCCGCUGUUGGUGCGACACGCAGAUACAGAAGCCACGCAGCAGCAGCAGCUCACGUUCAAGGAGUCCAUUGACGCAAUUCUGGAGAUGAUGUACUUGUGCUUUGUUCGGUUCGCCAAGACCACGCCCACCAUGAUCAUCCUCCACUUGCAGACGGGCACGGCGCUGAAGGUCCACGUUGAUCCAGAGUCGUGGCAGCUCGCAAUGAAACUCAGCGAGCACUGUCUGCGACGGCGGCACGAAUCGCCGCACGGUCCGCCGCUGGUGCUGUGCAUCGUCACGCGUCCGCUCACCAAGAUAGAGGAUCCCAUGAUCAAGAGCAUCUGGAGGAAUGCGUCACUCGAUGACACGUUUAUGGAGUUGAAACCGCUGUCUGAGAUGGCGCGAUUGCGGUACGCGGCGCAGGUGCUGUCACAGCUGUCCAACAAGACGGUGUCGCAGGCCGCCCUGCCGCCCGAGCUUGUCAUCUUCCUGGACGAGCGGGCAGCAGGCAUCCCCAAACACAUCUCGGAGACGCUGCGCGAGUGCAUGAAGAGCGAUGCGCUGGUGACUGGUCCUGCCAUUCGCAUCACAGACAACGGACGCAUCGAGUGCGAUGACCUCCACGAUGUGCGUGUGCCGGACAAGAUCGUCGCCAUUGUCAAUCAGGAGUUUGUGCAGCUCUCACCCUCGCACCAGGCCUUGCUCAAGGCCGUGUGUGUCCACCGGAGUUUCACGGAGGCGAUGGCGCGGACGAUGGUUGAGCUGAGCAGACGCCGGGACCUCAGCUUCGAGUACAAGGGCAACCUCCACGACGACCUGAACGAGCUCGUGAAACUGCACGUGUUGAAGCGGGUGCCUGCAAAUGUGUACACGACGUCUUACUUCCCGCCAGAUCUCUUUUCACAGAACCUGCACUGCUUUGCGUUCUCGAGCAAAGUGAUGCAGCAGGAGGUCUCGCGCCUGAUGAUGGAGCACAUGCACGGCCACCUCAGGAACGAGGUGUCACAACGCAUCUCAACCGUCGUCGGCGCCGUUGUCAAGAUCCAGGCCCUCUUCCGUCGCAUUGUGCGCCGGCGCAAGACGCGUGAGUGCGGCAAGCGCGCGUUUCACGCUGCACUCGUCAUCCAAAAGGCGUUUCGCGAUUAUCUCAUGCGCGUACGGGAGCGGCGACGACGCGAAUCAACAACGCUGCAGCCGCCAAGGUCCGAGCCCGCGUCACGGCGCGCGUCGUACGGAAUCCUGCGCAGUUCGAGCGAGGACGAGCCGCCGUCCCCUGAACGCACAUUCGACGAAGCACCCGCACACGACUUUGUCACCUUCAUCCCAACCGAGAACACAGAAACAAGUUGUAGUGAAAGCCGAUUUGAAAGCUGCAAAAGUUGCGGUGAUGACGGAAAGGGCAUGCACGGCACGAAGAAAUGGGAGAAAGCUGCAAGAGUUGUGGUGAGAUGA